UUAGCAGACUCAAGCAUAUGCUAAUAAUGUGCCUGUUGUACGAUUUUUUUUUAUACUAACGAUGUAUAUAUAAGUUAAACUCUUUGGGUUAGAUAUUCUAAUGAGUAAGGACUUGAUAACGUGGUCAGAAGGUUUUAAUUUAUUUUGCCGGCACUUCUUUUCAGGAAAUUCUCUUUACAGAUUCUUCGGAUGAAAAUACAAGACGUCAAGUAUAUUCAAAUUAAUUCUGGAAUAAAGAAUAAAGUUCUCUUUGAUUUGCUCUGACGGAGUUGCAAUGAUUUUGAAUUUGAUGGCUCCUUCUUGCGUCCAAAUCACCUUUUCAAUGCCAGCAAUCAUGAAUGUCCAAUUCUCAAAAACGAAUACGGAAUUUAAAUUUGAUAAGUUUAACCUGAAUUUUCAUCAACAUUUAAACUUGAUAGUUCGACCUUUUAGUUCUUUGGAAAAAAAAAAAUACACAUUUGAAAUACGGAUUAGAGUUGAAUUUUGAGUCACCAAGGGAGCAAAAAAUGGAAGCUGUAACGGGAUGGGUAACACAGAGAAAAAAAAGGUCCCCUUGGCUAUGUUAUACCUGCACUAACGAGGUAAUAAAUAAUUGGACAUCUUACUUUAUUAUAAACUGUUGUCAGCCUAUCCCUACGCCUAAUUCUCUUCACUUUUUACCCCACAUCUUCAAAUAACCUUUCCCUUUUGUUGCUUUUGGACAUAACCACCUUUAACUUUUCCAUGCUAUAUAUGAAUCUUAUGGCAAAUAAAAAUCCUCCAUUUAAGAGCAUCCCAACAACAGAAUUACAUUUAUACUGUUUGUAGUUUCUGUCUACAUAGUACCAGAGGAAAAUUUGGUGUUGGUGUGUUCCUCUGAUCCACAAAUGUGCAUUGAAGAUCAAACACAGGAGAAUUUGAGAUAGUAAUACUGGAGUUAUGGGUGGUGAUGGUGCUCGCCGCAGCAGCAGUUUAUUGAUGGCUCUUCUUUUACUUAGUUUUCUAUGUUUUGUUUCUGCUGAGAUUUUAGUAAAGCCUGCAGCCAAAACAGUUACUGGAACGACAAUCAAUCAACAUUUAGAGGCUGAGAGGAUAAUAGAAACAGAAAGGCAUUCUCUUCAAAGGACCAAUCUCAAUUAUGUCAGCAAAAGAAGAGUACCUAGUGAACCUGAUCCAAUACACAACAGGGAAGCAGGAGAGCAUAUGGAAACACGCAUCCGAGCUUGAGCUUGAGGGAAAAAGUAAGAGGCUUGAUAACUUCUAUUGCAAAGAGUUUCAACUGUCAACAAGAAUUUUUUUUUCCUACUUGGAAACUAUAAUUGUGCAUUAUGUUUCUGAGAUUGUAAAGAAGCAGAUUAGAAUCAAGUGAAUGAAAAUUUCAGCUGCCAAAUCAAAUUUAAGAGGGCA